AGUCUGCUUCAACAUUUAUCCAGGUUGGGUACGAAGCAUUUCUCCGGUAGCACCAACCCUAUUGUGGCAGACGAGUGGAGGAGUAGGCUGGUCAAAAACUUUCAAUCAACUCGCUCUCCAGAGGAUUACAGACGAGACAUUGCGGUUCACUUCCUGGAAGGGGACACGCAUAAUUGGUGGCUUGCAGUGGACAAGCGCACCAAUGGGAGUUUGGAAAGUUUUACGGACUUUGAAGUUGAGUUCAACUGCAAAUACUUCCCUGCUGAGGCUUGGGAUCGUCUGGAAGCUCAGUUUCUAGAUUUGGCCCAAGGCCGCAGGACUGUACGAGAGUACGAAGAAGAGUUCAACCAGCUCAGACGGUUUGUUGGAAGAGAGCUGGAGGACGAGGCAGUCCAGGUCCGUAGGUUCAUCCGAGGCCUAAGGCCAGAACUGAAGACCCAUUUCCCGAUCCGCACUUUCAACACCGUCGGAGAACUGGUGGAACGGGUGGCUUUGCUAGAGACUAACUUGGCUGAAGAAGCUAAGCUUAAGGCUAAGUCACAUCCAGUGGCAGCGGCUCCUCCGGGACUGGUCGGAGAGGGUCUGUUCUGUCUGGACGCUAGAGAUAAUUUUGGGAUAGUGAGGGCGGCCGGAGGGCAAGCCAUGAACUCACUAGGUCUCAUGUCAAAUAUCCCAGUGUCAAUACAGGGAAAUGUAUUCCCUGUGGAUUUGGUCUGUGUCCACCUAAAGAAUCACGAAGUGAUCCUAGGUAUGGACUGGUUGGGAAAGUAUCGGGCCACUCUCGAUUGCCAUAGAGGUCAUGUGAAAGUAGUGGUUUCAGCAGUUCGAGCUAUUCGGAUGUUGGAACAGGGUUGUCAGUCCUUUUUGGCUACAAUUACAACUACAGAGCCGGGCAGUUCUGUCUGUCUGAAAGACCUUUCAGAGGAUUCGUUGGUGUCGAAGUUCCCAGAUGUGUUCCAGGUACCUCAGGGUGUCCCCCCUGAUAGGUCGGAUCCAUUUACGAUUGAACUAGAGCCAGGGACAGCUCCGCUGUCCAAGAGUCCGUACCGAAUGGCUCCGGCCGAGAUGGCCGAGCUAAAGAAGCAAUUAGAAGAAUUCCUUGACAAGGGGUUCAUACGGAAGACGGCAUUUAGGACCAGGUACGGUCAUUACGAGUUCGUAGUGAUGCCGUUCGGUCUGACCAAUGCACCUGCCGCUUUCAUGAAAAUGAUGAACAGCGUGUUCCGGGAUUUCUUGGAUGAAUUCGUGAUCAUCUUCAUUGAUGAUAUCCUAAUUUAUUCCAAGGAUGAGGAAUCUCAUAGGAAACACUUGAGAGCCGUGCUGGAACGAUUACGAGAACACAAACUCUAUGCUAAACUCAGUAAAUGCAGUUUUUGGCAGAAGAGUAUUGGGUUCCACGGCCAUAUUGUUUCCGAUCAGGGCAUCUCGGUGGAUCCAGAGAAGAUCAGGGCAAUCAAGGAUUGGCCCCGACCCCGCAGUGCCACGGAAGUCAGAAGCUUCUUAGGGCUGGCAGGUUACUAUAGGAAGUUUGUGAAAGGAUUCGCAAGCUUGGCUCAGCCUAUGACGCGGUUGACUGGGAAGGACGUUAAGUUCACAUGGGCUGAAGAGUGUGAGGAAUGUUUCUCCGCACUUAAGAACAUGCAGACUAGCGCACCCGUCCUGGUGCUUCCGGAGGCCGAUCAACCAUAUGUGGUCUAUACGGACGCGUCCAUCACAGGACUAGGUUGCGUAUUGACCCAGCAUGGGAAGGUCAUUGCCUAUGCGUCCAGGCAGUUGAGGAAACAUGAGGGAAACUACCCCACCCAUGAUCUCGAAAUGGCUGCGGUAGUAUUCGCCUUAAAGAUUUGGCGAUCAUACUUGUAUGGCGCCAAAGUUCAGAUACUUACGGACCAUAAGAGUCUUAAGUAUAUAUUCACCCAGCCUGAGUUAAACUUAAGGCAGAGGAGGUGGAUGGAAUUCGUAGCUGACUACGAUUUAGACAUCACCUACUAUCCGGGAAAGUUAGGAACAAGAGUGAACAUGAGUACAGCCUAUCACCCACAGACUGAUGGACAGUCGGAACGU